AUGGCAGAAAAACAGCGACUAAAUGUAAUCAAACGACACAUCAAAUCCGACACACGUGCACCUGCUCGGACAGACGAGACGCAGUUGUUCUGCGCAGACUGCAGUUCCUCAGAUGACGCCAAAAUUACGUUCCAGUCGGAGGCACCGACUAUUCCGAAACGCCGACAAGAACUAUUGAAGUGGAAUGGUUGGGGCUACAAAGAUUCAAAGUUCAACCUUAACAAGGACGGUCAAGUAGAGUUUAGUGGAGAAAGGUAUCGACUUAGUGGACAGGUAAUGCCACAGCUGCGAGAUUGGAUGAUGGCCACAGUUGGCAUCAGUCUGGACCAUAAAACACCAGCUCAGCCAGAACUUACAGCAAAAGACAUUCCAGCACCAGUAAGGAAUGAAGAGUUCAUAUCAGAUCUUCGUAAGAAAGGAAUAGCCUUCACAGAUGACUGUCAGGACCGACUUUUCCGAGCUCAUGGUCAUACAUUACAUGAAGUGUUUGUCCUUCGGGAAGGUACAUUCAAACGCAUUCCAGACCUUGUUGUGUGGCCUAGUUCCCACAAUGACUGUGUGAAAAUCGUAAACUUGGCCUGUCAGCAUAAUGUUGUGUUGAUCCCAUUUGGUGGAGGCACCACUGUUUCUGGAGCUGUAGAAUGUCCAGAGGGAGAGACUAGGAUGAUUGUGUCCUUGGAUACCUCACAGAUGAACAAAAUUUUGUGGGUUGAUGAGAAGAACCUGAUAGCCAAAUGUGAGGCUGGCAUCAUUGGUCAGGACCUGGAACGUCGUUUAGCCGAGAAAGGGUUCUGUACAGGUCAUGAACCAGAUUCCAUGGAGUUCAGCUCCCUUGGGGGCUGGGUAGCCACUCGAGCUUCUGGCAUGAAGAAGAACAUUUAUGGAAACAUAGAGGACUUAGUUGUACACAUCAAGUUUGUGACUCCUAAGGGUGUCAUGGAGAAAAGUUGUCAGGUGCCUCGUAUAUCAUCAGGUUUGGACAUCCAUCACUUCAUAAUGGGAUCAGAAGGUACUCUAGGUUUAGUAACAGAGGUAGCUAUCAAAGUGCGACCACUUCCAGACUGUAAAAAGUAUGGGUCUAUCGUGUUUCCAGAGUUUGAGAAUGGAGUCGCAUGUCUAAGAGAGGUCGCUAAACAGAGAUGUGCCCCAGCCUCUAUCAGACUCAUGGACAAUCAACAGUUCCAGUUUGGCUCUGCACUCAAGCCCGAGAGUGGAUCGAUGCUGACAAGCUUUGUCGAUGGAAUCAAGAAAUUUUACAUUACUAAGCUGAAAGGAUUUGAUCCAAAGAAACUCAGUGUGGCCACUCUAUUGUUUGAAGGUACCCAGCAGGAAGUGGCUGCACAAGAAAAGAAAGUCUAUGAAAUUGCUUCAAAAUUUGGAGGUCUAGCAGCAGGAGCAGACAAUGGAGAGCGUGGCUAUAUGUUGACAUUUGUGAUAGCGUACCUCAGAGACCUAGGGUUUGAGUACUACAUUGUUGCAGAAUCGUUUGAAACAUCAGUUCCAUGGGACAGAUGUUUGGACCUGUGCAACAAUGUUAAGGAUCGACUAGAAAGAGAAUGUAAAAAGCGAGCAAUCCAGUUUCCUCCAUAUAUCACCUGUCGAGUCACACAGACGUAUGAUGCUGGAGCCUGCGUCUACUUUUACUUCGGUUUUAAUUACCGAGGUCUCUCUAACCCCGUACAGAUAUAUGAAGAUAUUGAGAACUGUGCUAGAGAAGAAAUCCUUGCCAAUGGUGGAAGCAUAUCUCAUCACCAUGGAGUCGGAAAGUUGCGGAAACGCUACCUGAAGCAGACAGUUGGGGAGAUAGGCCUCGGGACAAUGCGUGCUGUCAAGAAUUUCAUUGAUCCGGACAAUAUCUUUGGUAGUAACAACCUGAUGGUUGGAGAACCCAAGUUAUAGAAUACUGGUUUUAUUAGGACAUGGUACAAUAAAGCAUUUUUUUGGAACAUUCAGCAAAAUCAAUAGAAUAAUAUGAUGUCACUUUGUCAUCCCAAUGAACAUCAUUCUGGCAUCCCAAUCGAUGGUUUUUGUAAAGCCGGUAACUUUCAGGAGGAAUUGUGGUACAGAACAUCUUGUUAUCAAAUGCAUUUCAUUUCAGUUUUUCUGUAGAACAUGUCAUGUUGUGAUAGAAAUACAAUUGUAAUUUUACCUUUUUAUUGAGAAAUAAUACACUCUAUUUUCAGAGGAAGUUAAUUGAACAAGAUAUGACAAGCACUGUGAGGCAUAUAUUUAUAUAUAUAUACACAGUAGCAAUAAUAGAUUUGUUGUGAACUGAUCAAAAAUAUUAUGACAAAAAUUAUAAGGGGUUAUAAAAAUCACCUUAGUUAUUGUUAUUAACCAAAAUUAGGAAUAUCAUGUUUCACUCUGCCUGGUUUGACUGCUUGCAGAUCCAAACCAAGGUUUUGUCUUUAUUUUGUACAGAAAAAAUGCUCGUAAAUUAAGGAAGAAGAAAAAAUGGAGUGCGAAACAUUUGUGCUACGAAGCUUGUCACUUUGUCCUAUAAAUGGAACUCAAAGUUUUAUUGUCUGUUAAGUUGAUCCAUGAAGAAUUGGAAUCGGUUUUCAUUCAAUACAUUCUGUAAAAUCUAUUGAUAUCACAUAUAUCUAUAACUACUGAUCAAAGUUCAACAAGGAUAAUCAAUGACCAUUCAGACUAUAAAUUUUGAUUAUUAAUAUAAGAAGCGAAUGUGAUUUUUUUUUUGAGUGAGUAGUCCGUUCACUGGUAGGAAUUUUUCCCAUUUCCCAUACCCUCAACUAUUUAAGUUUCAUCCAGAAAAUAUAAAUAUAUGUGACAUGAGAUAAAUCAGUAGCUUCUUCACUAGGUCAUUAAAGAGGAUAGUACCUAUAAGAAUGCCCUUGAAUUCUAGACCAAUAGCAUUUGUUUACGCUCUGAUAAUUGCCAUUUAAUUGAUCAUUGGGCAAGUAAUUAAACAAUUGAUUUAACAGCAUCACACAGUUUUGUGCAAUAUUGUUUAAUCAAAUAAUGUUUUUAGUGAGACAUUUAUUUAAGUCCAGUGUUUAAUACUGCAGAACUGUUAGUUACUUAUACAUAUGUAGGUAGUACAGUAACCAUGCAUGAUCAGGACUUAUGUAUUAUCAACCAAGUCUAAUAUCAUUAAAAAUUGGGGUUAAUUGGUAAGAAUUGAACCAACCAAUCCUUAUAUCAUUAAAAAUUAGGGUUAAUUGGUAAGAAUUGAACCAACCAAUCCUUAUAUCAUUAAAAAUUAGGGUUAAUUGGUAAGAAUUGAACCAACCAAGCCUAAUAUCAUUAAAAAUUAGGGUUAAUUGGUAAGAAUUGAACCAACCAAGUCUAAUAUCAUUAAAAAUUGGGGUUAAUUGGUAAGAAUUGAACCAACCAAGUCUAAUAUCAUUAAAAAUUAGGGUUAAUUGGUAAGAA